UCUUUAAAUCUGGCACCAUCCAUCACUUACUCUUCGAAUCCGAAUUUUUGUUAUUUAUUAGAUUUAGAUCUUCUUCCCAAUCUCCCAAGCUGGAGAUCCAAACGACAAGUUGGUUAGAGAUGGAAGAAGAGCAACAAUUAGAGAGAUGGGAAGGCUAUGUAGAUUGGAAGAAGAGACCUGCUUUGAAAGGCCGCCAUGGUGGCAUGCUCGCCGCCUCCUUCGUUUUAGUGGUGGAGGUAUUAGAGAACUUGGCAUUCCUGGCUAAUGCAAGCAAUCUGGUGCUGUACCUCGUCAUGUUCAUGCACUUGUCUCCUUCCAGAUCAGCCAACACUGUCACAAAUUUCAUGGGAACUGCUUUCCUCUUGGCUCUCCUUGGUGGGUUCUUGUCUGAUGCUUUCUUCACUACUUAUCAAAUCUAUUUGAUAAGUGCAGCUAUCGAGUUUCUGGGGCUAGUGAUACUCACAGCACAAGCUCGCACACCAUCUCUGAUGCCAGCAACUUGUAACAUGAGCACCAACGUUCAAUGCCAAGAAGUCUCCGGUGGCGAGGCAGCUAUGCUGUUUGGAGGGCUUUACCUGGUGGCGCUGGGUGUUGGAGGAAUUAAAGGAUCACUCCCCACACAUGGGGCUGAGCAAUUUGACGAGAGCACCCCAGAGGGACGGAAGCAGAGGUCCACAUUCUUCAACUACUUUGUCUUCUGCCUAUCCUGCGGUGCUCUCAUUGCCGUCACUUUUGUCGUCUGGAUUGAAGACAACAAAGGUUGGGUAUGGGGUUUUGGAAUCUCCACUAUUACCAUAUUCCUUUCCAUUCCCCUCUUCCUUGCCGGCUCAACCACUUACCGCAACAAGAUCCCUACUGGAAGUCCUCUUACAACCAUAUUCAAGGUCUUGACUGCAGCAAUGUGCAACCAUGGAUGCUUUACUCAGACCCCAAGUAACGCUGUUGUAAGCAUGGUGACAAGUCCUUCUCACUUAACCCAAGCUGAUGAGUUCAGAGAGAAAUCUGAUGAAAAAGUUCCAAUUCAAACCACAACCAAUGCCCUCAAGUUCCUUAACAGAGCCGUUGAGAACUAUCCCACUCACCCAGCAUUAGAAUGCACCGUGGAAGAAGUUGAAGCAGUCAAAAUAGUCAUCCGUGUUCUCCCCAUCUUUGCUUGCACCAUCAUGCUCAACUGCUGCCUUGCCCAGCUCUCUACCUUCUCUGUCCAACAAGCAGCCACUAUGAACACUAAGCUUGGCACCUUGAAAAUCCCUCCAGCUUCACUCCCGGUCUUCCCUGUCAUCUUUAUCAUGACCCUAGCACCCAUCUAUGACCAUGUCAUCAUCCCAUUUGCCAGGAGAAUAACAAAAACAGAGAUGGGGAUAUCUCAUCUGCAAAGGAUCGGUGUAGGAUUGGUUCUCUCUAUUGUGGCCAUGAUGACUGCAGCUUUGGUGGAGAUCAAGCGGAAAAGGGUGGCUACCCAUUCAGGGCUGAUCGACUCUGAAGAACCUUUACCCAUCACAUUCUUUUGGAUUGCACUGCAAUACCUGUUCCUUGGAUCAGCAGAUCUGUUCACAUUGGCCGGUCUGCUGGAAUUCUUUUUCACAGAAGCACCAUCGAGCAUGAGAUCUUUGGCCACAGCCCUCUCCUGGGCCUCAUUGGCCAUGGGUUACUACCUCAGUUCAGUGCUGGUAUCAAUAGUCAAUACUGUCUCUGGUAAAUCCCAUCACAAACCAUGGCUAAAAGGUAGCAACUUUAAUCAUUACCACCUUGAUCGGUUCUACUGGACAUUGUGUGUGCUAAGCGGAUUGAAUUUCUUGCACUAUCUCUUCUGGGCCAACCGCUACAAGUAUAGAUCAAAAAGCCCUGGUAACUGGAGAGAUAUAAGGAGAUCUAUGAAAUGAGAUGUGCGCACUUUCUGAGAUGGUCUCUUAUCUGUGGCCUCUUAUCCAUGUCAACAACAUCAUCCGCUGUAAAUAUGCUUGAUGAUGCAUCAGGGUCCUCCUUGACUGCCAUUAGUAAGGAAAAUAUCCAAUAUUGGUUUAUUAUUUCAGAAAUAGUUCACAAGUUUGGCUGGUCCACUCUUACCUUGUACUCUAGGUACUACU